CAUCAUCCUCUUCCAGUUCCACUCCCUUCGCUUCGCUUCUUACUCUGCUCCGACGACACAAAUCUGUCUCUGCUCUCCUUCCAUGAAAGGAUGCUCCUUUCUCAGUGCUGUAACCAGCACCACCGCUCUCCUAUCUGCCCGAGAACCAUAUCCCAUAAAUCCCGCCUCAACCCUUCAUUCACCUUCCCCUUCCCUUCACCGCCUCUCACCUCUAAGACCCCCAGAACGCCCGCCGCUAAGCUCCUGACCCGUGCCCAGUCCUCGAAGUCCGAACAGAAAUCCACCGUCCCCCAGUCCGCCAUCCAACGCAUCGCCGAGAAGCUCCGCAGCCUCGGCUUCACCGAAGAUGCCGGCGACGACAGUCCUCCGGAGGAGGACCACGACCGGAGCGCCGGACAAAUCUUCAUCCCGCUUCCGACCCGAAUUCCCAAGCACCGGGUCGGGCACACGAUCGACGCGAGCUGGAGUACGCCCGAGAACCCGGUCCCGGAGCCUGGGUCGAGCGGUUUCGUGACCCGGUACAGCGAGCUGAGGGGCGAAUUGAAGGAACUGAAGAGGAAGCAGGGGAAGGAGAAGAGGGAGGAGAAGGCCCCGACUCUGGCGGAGCUGAGGCUGCCUGAGGAGGAGCUGAGGCGGCUGACAACGCUCGGGAUAGGCGUGAAGCAAAAGCUGAAGAUAGGCAAGGCGGGGAUCACGGAGGGCAUCGUGAACGGGAUACAUGAGAGGUGGAGGAGGGCCGAGGUUGUUAAGAUUACGUGCGAUGACAUUUGUCGGACGAACAUGAAGAGGACGCAUGAUCUGUUGGAGAGGAAAACUGGUGGUCUUGUAGUUUGGAGAUCCGGGAGUAAUAUAAUCUUGUAUAGAGGGCCUGAUUACAAGUAUCCAUACUUCUCUGCCGAUGAUAUCUCGGGAGAUAGCCCGCAAGUAGAAAUCGACCACAAUGGAGAUCAGAAGAAGGAGAGCUCCUUAACGGUUGCCCAUGGUGAAGAGUCUUCUCACACUAGCCCAAUCAAGAGAUUUGGCCAAAUGGCCUUGAUACAAGGAGUUGGUUCUCCAGAGAGAGUCCGUUUCCAAUUACCAGGAGAAGCCCAGCUAGCCGAAGAAGCUGACCGCUUUUUGGAGGGGCUUGGUCCAAGGUUCACUGACUGGUGGGGAUACGAACCUCUUCCGGUUGAUGCUGAUCUUCUACCUGCUGUGGUCCCAGGAUAUAGGAGGCCUUUCCGGCUUCUGCCUUAUGGGGUGAAGCCUAAAUUGACAAAUGAUGAGAUGACGACAUUAAGGAGACUUGGCCGACCUUUACCAUGCCAUUUUGCAUUAGGUCGAAAUAGAAACCUUCAAGGACUAGCUGCUUCCAUCAUCAAGCUAUGGGAAAAAUGUGAGAUUGCCAAGAUUGCUGUGAAGAGAGGAGUACAGAACACCAACAGCGAAAUGAUGGCGGAAGAAUUAAGGCGCCUUACUGGAGGAACUCUACUCUCCAGGGAUAGGGAAUUCAUUGUCCUUUACCGAGGAAAGGAUUUCUUGCCACCUGCAGUUUCAUCUGCAAUAGAAGAGCGAAGAAAGCACGGAUUCGUACAGAGGGAGAAAGUAGCAGAAGUCCAACAGGGGCAGGCUGGGUCUGCACCUGUUGAUGAAGUUAAUGAGGCUAAUGAUGAUCAGCAAACUACUACAUAUCGUGAGCAGAAGAAGAUAGCAGAACUCCAACAGGGGCAGGCUGGGUCUGCACCUGUUGAUGAAGUUCAUGAGACUGAUGAUGAUCAACAAACUCCUACUUAUCCUGAGAAGCAGAAGAUCGUGUCUCUUAAGGCAGUUAUUGAAAGUACAAGCAUGAAGUUAUCUCAGUCUUUGGAAAGGAAAGCUAAGGCUGAGAAACUCCUUGUCGAACUCGAGAAUUCACAAAAACUGGAAGAGCGUGAUGUAGAUAGAGAAGGCAUAACUGAAGAAGAAAGAUACAUGCUUCGGAAGGUUGGCCUGAGAAUGAGACCUUUCUUACUUUUGGGUAGGCGGGGGGUUUUUGAUGGAACUGUGGAAAACAUGCAUCUUCACUGGAAAUACAGAGAGCUCGUCAAAUUAAUAUGUAAAGAGAAAAAUAUUGAAGCUGUUUAUCACGUAGCACGCACAUUAGAAGCAGGAAGUGGUGGAAUAUUAGUCUCUGUGGAGAGAGUGAGUAAGGGAUAUGCAAUCAUCAUUUAUCGUGGUAAGAACUACCAACGACCCGCUUGUAUUCGUCCGAAGAUUCUCCUAAGUAAAAGGGCAGCAAUGAAGCGUUCUUUAGAGGCGCAACGUCGAGAGUCUCUGAAGCUUCAUGUUUUAAAGCUUUCUGACAGUAUAAAUGAACUGAAACUUCAAUUGGACAGAGACAAGGAAAGGAUCAGAUAUGAUUCAUCAGACGUGGAUGAAAAUAAUUCAGCAGAUUCUGCUGACAGUCCCCUGCCUGCUGAAGAUGAUGACGAGGCUGGAGCUAUCUCAGUGGAAAGCCAUCAUGGUGAAUCCAGCCAGAUUGAACCGUUCUUGCCUGAAUCAUUACCUGAAGGGACCAGAGAUAAUAUUUCCACUCAUGAAAAGGGUGAAGCUGGGAUUUCUCCCUUCAUCUCUGAUCAUAAAUCUGAGUUUGAAGCGAGCUGUUCUACUGUUGAUGCUGGGAAUCACACUUCGGGUAGUGGGACUGAGGAAUCAUUAUCUAAGCCGUCGAAGGUUAUGGUUGGAGACAAGCUAGGACCAACAAUCGGCUCAACCAAGAUCCCUGCAAGACCUUCUAGUCUUUCCAAGAGAGAGAGGCUGCUGCUGCGAAAGCAGGCCCUCAAGAUGACAAAACGUCCUGUGCUUUCCAUAGGGAGAAGUAACAUUAUUGCUGGGAUUGCGAAAGCAAUAAGAAUGCAUUUUCAGAAGCACCCCCUUGCAAUAGUCAAUGUAAAGGGCCGAGCUAAGGGGACGUCGAUUCAAGAACUGAUCUUCAAGCUGGAGCAAGAAACGGGUGCAGUUCUGGUCUCUCAGGAGCCGAACAAAGUCAUACUGUACCGAGGCUGGGGAGCAGAAGACGAAUCCAGGAAAUCUAAUGACAGGGCGUCGGGACAUGCAGCUGGUAAAGAAUCCGCGGGGGACUCGGCCCGGAUUGGCAGGGCCAAUGUGUCUCCUGAGUUGAUUGCGGCCAUCAAAAUGGAAUGCGGGUUGCAGUCAAACUGAGAACAGUGGCAAGAGAGGUGCCUCAAUGUCGAGGGCCUUGGCCUCAUUGUCUAUGAUUUGUUUGUACGUUAUCGAUAAUAUGCGAGAUGCCCUUUUACUUUGUGAAAUUGUAGCUAAGGUCCAAUUAUUUUGUUUCAGGUCCAAAUUUUUUUGUAACAUUACAUUGCCGCAUGCUGGGGUUUCGGAUUAGAAGCUCCUUGAGAAUGUUAUGUAUAGCAUUAGCAUAGAUGGCUAUGAGGAUUAUUAUUAAAAGUUCAAAGGGCCAACAGGAAAUUCUUAGACUUUUCGGGUGUAAAAAUGAAAUAAACAGCAAAUAUAGUAAA